AUGGCAAACUGGAAUGAGCUUCCACUCGAGGUUUUGAUCAAAAUUAUUGAUAUUACAACAUACGAAUAUAUGGCACCUUCGGACAGCUUUGUUGAAUUCCUGCUUAUUUCGAAACAUUGGUCAUUAGCUAGCCGAAGUAUUGUUUACGCAAACGUGAGCUUAAAGAUGGACCAUAUCGACGCAUUUGUUGAAUGCAUGCUCAAGCCCGGCAAUGGUCAAUUUGUCAAAUCAAUUCAUUGGAUAGGCUUGGUAGAUAAAGAUAUAAUCGAAGCCAACUUGGGUCAACUCCUAGAAGCAUGCCCAAACGUCACCAAUCUAGGAAUACGUAUAAGAACCAACGAGUCGAUUCUUUCAAAGCUAUUAUCAGAGCAUUUUACGAGUAAAAAGGGGUUAAAACUUACGGAGAUUCCUACACAAUUUGAUCCGACUGAUAACGCGGUUCGAACAUACGGUUAUCUGGCACUUGCCUUAAAAAAAUCAUUGCAACAUCUUCAAGUGUAUGACUGGCCCAAGGUUAAGGGUGAACUUAUUAUAAACGAAACAGCAAAUCAGUUAGAAGGAUUUGAAAAUCUUACAAGCCUUCAACUUAAUUUUAAAAAUCAUGACAAUAUCUACAAACUUGGCUCAAAAAUGCAAAACUGCCAUACAAUUCGGCAUUUAACAAUCGGUCUAAGCAGACUAACUUCCAAUAUGCAAGAAAGAAUUAGCAUGCCGAUGGAACCUUUCAACAUAAAACCUCUUCCAAAUAUCCGUGGACUGUCUAUACAAAAUGCAAAAAUAGCCAUCGAUAGUAGACAUUUGGAAUAUGUCAUGCACUCAUUCCCUCAAUUAUGCCAUUUGUCCAUAGGCGAAAGUGAUCCAGGCCGUUUGGGUGAAACCGAGAUACCUGCUAGAGCUAUCCCUUAUUUACAACAGCGAGGUCAUCAAGUCACCGCUGAGCUUUGGAUCCAGUUUUUUAACUACAUGAAUACAGUGGAAGUGUGUAAGGUAUCCACGAUGUUUAUUAAGGAUUAUUUGGAUGUCUUUGCAAAGUUUCCCACUUUCUGUACCUGUCUGGAGAUCCUAUAUGGACGCGAUAAAAAUGCUGGAGUGCGAGUCGAACCUUAUGUUAGUGUUUUCAAGUUUACCGGUGGUCCAGACGUGCUUAAAGACAGACACAUAGUAGAUUACAACGAAAUACGUCGUACUUUAAUCUAUCUUGAUCCCAUCGUGAAUGGAACCAUUGCGGAUUUCGAAUCGAUUGCUAGAACAUUUCAGUUGACUUUAAAGGCUUUGCACAUUGAAAUGGAUGCUGUUAUUGGAUAUAGACUUCAAACGAGGAUGCUACGUUAUGCUUUGGAACAAUGUUCCGUCUUAAAUACACUAUGGAUAACGAAAGGAGUGUUUACGGAUAUCGAUUCUGACCCUUUUGUGGAGAACGAUUGUCUGGAGAUUCUACGCUUUAAAGAUUGCACAUUUAAAAAUGACUUUCUUUACGAACUUUCGUGUCGAUUAGGUAACAAGAUAGAUUUCCUGCUUUUCAUUGACUGCAAUUUCGGCGAAGAUACCCAUGAAUCGUUUGUGAUGAUUGAUAUGCCUUACUUAUCGAUCGGCUGUCUGCUUUGGAAACAAAGUUCACCUGGGAAUGCGAAAGUAGUGUACCUCAAGAUCAGCAAAGAUCACGGUAAAUCUUUUUAUUAUAAAAUAUCUCCUAGACUCAGGAUGGUACCAUCUUCGUCUGCCAUUUUUCAUGAAUCCAAAGAUAAUGCUACAGUAUUGACCAUGCACAUCCGAUGCUUCGACAUUGAGGCCUUAAAGGUGAUGAAGGCGGACGAUGGCUUUGUUUUUUAUCUUAAAGAUACAAUCAAGGUUGUUUGUGCGCGAGAUUAUUUACACAAUAAUAUGGAGAUGCUUGAUGCGAUUUAA